ACUAAUUGAAAAAGAAGUGUAGCCCAACCAUACUUCUCCAUUACAGCUCUAGCUGGUUUAACGCCGGCCACAUCACGUGCAAAUUCUUUUUUAUCUCUUUUCUUUUAUUCCCAAUCUUCUUAAUACUACUCUCUCUCUCUCUCUCUCUACUCUCUCUCUAAAUCAGAUUGCUUCACUACUUAAUCUCCUUCCCAAAUCUGAUUCAAACCUCUGUGUUCUUCAUUGUUCCGAUACCCAGCCCUAAAUUACACAAUGAGAGAAAGGAAAUCUGCAAAAUUGAAUAUUCAACAACAACAGCAGCAGCAUCAGAAUGGACAUUUAUCUCCAUUUAAAUUGGCGAAACUGUUAGAUCCUGAUGCUUCUUGGGACAAGGAUCAGCUUGGUGAUGUACUACAUUGGAUUAGACAAGGAUUAGCGCUUCUGUGUGGACUACUAUGGGGUGCAAUUCCGUUAGUUGGAGGCGUCUGGUUUCUCCUGUUUUUGGUGUUAUCGAGUGGGAUUAUCUAUGCAUAUUACGCUCUUGUACUAAAAGUUGAUGAAGAAGAGUUUGGAGGUCACUGGGCACUUCUUCAAGAGGGGGUCUUCGCUUCAAUUUCCCUCUUUCUGCUUGCUUGGAUUCUAGUAUACAGUUUGGCACACUUUUGAUUGGCUCUCUCUACACAAGGAACUUUUUACUCUCUUACGAGGUGAAAUUCGUGUGCCUUAUCGGAUAUUUUGGGGAUCUAUCUACCCUUCAGUGUGCAUUAUUAACAGGGAUAGGCUUUUUAUCUUCCAUGUAUUUUUUGUUUAUUUUUUUAUGUUUCAGCUUCAGAUUUUGUUUCUUUUUUUGUUCAAUUUUUUGAGGUAUGAUUUUCUGUGCUGCAUCGCCACAGAAUGAAAACCUGUUCGGUCUUUAAUAAAACACUAAUUCUAUGUUCGUUCUUUAGCAAACUAUUC